UUUUAAAAGAAAACAUGUGAUAAUUAUUACUUCACAGACAUUGAGCUUCUUCGAGUAUUAUGCAUAGACUCUCUUCUUUAAUACAAGUCGCUUAAAUAGUAAGCAAAAAUUAUUAGGAAUGCCAAUUUCUCCAUAUUCCCUCUCAUAUAUGGCUUCUUUUACUUGUGCUGUUCUCUUAAUCCAUAUCUUUGUAUGCUUUGAAGCGGUUGUUGGUGCCGAUCAGCAAAAGCAGUCCAAUUCGAUAAGCCCGGGCACUUCUCUCACCCCAAUCACUCAACCAUGGCAGUCACCUUCCGGCCGUUUUGCAUUUGGAUUUUACCAGCAAGGCGGUGGCUUUAAAGUGGGAAUUUGGUUGGUGGGUGGGGCAGGCUCACAAAAUACUACGGUAUGGACUGCCAAUCGUGAUGACCCACCGGUGUUCUCAAAUGCUACACUGGAAUUCACUACAACCGGUAAGCUUCUCUUGAGAAGUACUGCCCAAAGUGAAGAUAGAUCAAUCACUGCCAAUUCACCACACUCUGCUUCCUUUGCUUCCAUGCUCGACUCUGGAAAUUUUGUGCUAUACAGCAAGGAUUUCGUUGUCAUUUGGCAGAGUUUCGACUUUCCUACUGAUACCAUUUUAGGUGGCCAAAAUCUUUCUACUGGGCAUUCGUUGUUUUCUAGUUUCUCUGAAACAAACCACUCCACUGGAAAGUUUCGUCUCAAGAUGCAGUAUGAUGGGAAUCUGGUUGCAUAUCCUGUGAAUACUGAAGAUAUAUGGACAGAUUGUUACUGGACUUCGAAUACUUGGACUGACCCCCAGACUCAUCUUUAUCUAAACAGUAGCGGUUCACUGCUCCUCAUCAACAACACUGAUUCCACCACAAUCAAAUCAUUGAGUGAUUCAUCUCUUAGCAACAAUACAGUUGUCCACCGUGCAACCCUUGAUGUUGAUGGAAAUUUCAGACUGUAUUCUCAUCCCAGGGGCAACUCUGAACCGGUGAUAGAGUGGAAAGCAAUUGAAAACAUGUGUAAUGUGAAGGGUUUCUGUGGUUUCAACAGCUACUGUUACUUGAAUGACGAUAAACCUUACUGCAGUUGUAUUCCAGGUGCUGAUUUUCUUGAUCCCAAUAAGAAGUGUAGUGGAUGCGAGAGGAAUUUUACCAAAUUAGGAAGCUGCAAAGAUGGGGAAACAAAUGAAUUUUAUCACAUUGUUCCUAUUGAUAAUCUUAACUCGCUAGACGGUACUUACUAUGAAGCAGAAGUGGCCAGCGAUGACUGCAGCAAGUCCUGUUUGGAGGACUGUCUUUGUGACGCAUCGGUGCUUACGGAAAAAUACUGCAUGAAAUUCAUGCUUCCACUCAGAUACAUUAGUAGGCAAUCAGACGGUGGUGAUACUAUAUUCUUCAAGGUGGGUACAAAACCCAUUAGAAGCAACAACCAGAUUCUUCCGAAUCCACCGGUGGUGGUGACCACAAGCAAGAAGGCAUUGGUGCUAAUUCUUGUUCUAUGUUUGAGCUUGGUUACCUACUCGUGCUUCGCCCUUGCCUUCUCAGGCCUUUUCAUUUUCAAAUUCCGCAUUUUAAAGUAUAGAAGGUUGUUGGAAACUGCAAGUUCUGGCCUGAUUGAGGAGUUCACCCUGAGGUCAUAUUCUUACAAUGAGCUUCGAAAGGCUACCAGUGGCUUCAUAGAGAAAUUGGGCCAGGGCUCUUUUGGAACAGUUUACAGAGGAGCUUUGUACAAAGGUAAAAAGCUAAUUGCAGUGAAGAGGCUAGAGAAGAUUGCGGAAGAGGGGGAAAAGGAGUUCAGAGCAGAAAUGCGAGCAAUUGGGAGAACUCAUCACAAGAAUCUAGUCCGGUUGCUUGGCUACUGCGCAGAGGGAUCAAAGAGGCUUCUGGUUUAUGAAUUUAUGAGCAACGGGUCACUUGCAGAUCUUCUGUUUCGGGCUCCAAGGCGGCCGGAUUGGAAUGAGAGAGUGAGGAUUGCGCUGGAUGUUGCCAGAGGGAUCCUUUAUCUACAUGAAGAGUGUGAGGCCCCCACCGUGCAUUGCGAUAUAAAGCCUCACAACAUUUUGAUGGAUGAUUUCUGGACUGCUAAAAUCUCUGAUUUCGGGUUGGCAAAGUUACUGAUGCCAGAUCAAACAAGGACCUUCACGCAGGUCAGAGGGACUAGAGGCUACUUGGCACCGGAAUGGCAAAAGAACAUCCCAAUAACAGUGAAGGUUGAUAUCUACAGCUACGGAAUAGUGUUGUUAGAAAUUAUAUGUUGCAGAAGGAACAUAGAAGUCAAUGUAUCAGAACCAGAGGAGGUUGUUCUUUCCAACUGGGUGUACAAGUGCUUUGUUGCUAGGGAAUUGAACAAGCUUGUGGGCAGCGAAGAAGUUGAGAAGAAUAUAUUGGAGAAGAUGGUAAAAGUGGGACUAUGGUGUAUUCAGGAUGAACCGGUUCUUCGUCCUUCAAUGAAGAGUGUAGUGCUGAUGCUGGAGGGGAUUACCGACAUUGCCACCCCUCCGUGCCCAACUAAUAGCUCCAUGUAAUUAAUAUCAGAAUUCACUGUAGUAGUUUAUGUAUGUUAUUUUGCUGCUUUCAUGUAACGCCUAUAUUAUUAUUCUGUACUUCUAUUUUCCCUAAUGAUGUAAAAGCGUAUAAUGCAAGUGCUAUUAUAAUUGUAACUAAACGUCUUGUUCUACUCACUCA